AUGCCCAUGAAAGAAAUCCGUAAACAGGCUCUCUCUCAGCUUCCUGCCCCUCUGUGCGCCUCCGCCCUUCUCCAUCCCCAUCACUCUUCCGCCCUCAUCAGUCGCCCCUCACCCUUGCUCCGCCCUUACUGCUCCUUGGUGUUGUCUGCCGCCGUAAAGUUAGAAAGAGGUAGGAGCAAAGCAUCGAUGGCUCAGACCACCGAGGGUGCGUCUGAGAUUGUGGAGGGUGUAAGGUUCAGUUUCAUGACUGAUGAAGAGGUCAGGAAGCACAGUGUUUUAAAGAUUACAAACCCUAUUUUACUUGACAGUGUUGGAAGACCAAUGCCAGGAGGAUUGUAUGAUCCUUUGUUGGGCCCAAUGGAUGAACAAGCACCCUGUAAGUCAUGUGGGCAGCAGUCAUUUCAAUGCCCAGGGCAUUGUGGUCACAUUGAUCUUGUUUCACCAGUAUACAAUCCAUUGCUUUUUGAUAUGCUUUUCACUCUUAUAAGGAAAACAUGCUUCUUUUGUCGCCAUUUUAGAUCAGGAAAAGAAGAGGUCAAUGUUUGUACGUCUAAACUAUUGAAGAUAGCAAAAGGUGAUGUUUCUGGGGCUAAAGAUUAUGUUAUCAAUAAUUCGGAUUCCAAAGACAUUGAUCUGGAGGACAAUGAUUUUAGCCAUGGUUCAAGUUCCACAUUACAUUCUGGUUCACAAAGUGAAAGCCCUGAAGAAACACAACAUGAUUUUUGGACAUCUGUUCAAUAUAUAGAAGCAAGGAAUCUUUUGAAAGAAUUUUUGGCUAACCCUAGCAAGUCUUGUAAAAAUUGUGAAGCUAAGAACCCAAAGAUCAGUAAACCUACAUUUGGAUCGUUUCGUAUGGAAAUGACUGUUGCUGAUGCUGAAAAGAACUAUAUGAAAGGUUAUAAAUUGGGAAGUAUACAAGAUGAGGAGUUAGAAGAUGGGGAAGAUGACAAGACUUCUGAGGUUAUAAAUGUCAAUGAAGUAUCAGAAGAUGAAAGAGUUGACACUGCUGGGACCAAUUCAUUUUCACCAUCUUCAUCUAACAAAAAGAAAAUAAAGAAGAAAAAGUCAAAAGUGCCCUCUGACUUCAAAGAGCUGAAGAACAACUACACAGGCACUCUUUUACCAUCUAGGGUCAUAAGUAUAGUGAAAGAUUUGUGGGAAAAUGAAGCUGAUCUUUGUGCAUAUCUAUGCAAUAUUCAGCAAGAGAGGCUGACUGGAUCUUUUAAAACUACUGGUUACACCAUGUUCUUUUUAGAGGCCUUACUUGUCCCCCCUACAAAAUUUCGUCCUGCUGCCAAAGCAGGUGAUGCUGUGAUGGAGAAUCCACAAACAGUGUUACUAGGAAAGGUGCUACAGUCAAAUAUAUCAUUGGGAAAUGCUCAUAUCAACAAACUUGAAGGUUCCAAGAUUGCUGAUCGAUGGCGGGACCUACAACAGUCUGUAAAUGUUCUAUUUGACAGCAAAACUGCCACAAAUCCAAAUCUGAAAAAUGCGAAUACUGGGAUAUGCCAGUUGCUUGAGAAGAAAGAGGGAAUCUUUCGUCAAAAAAUGAUGGGCAAAAGAGUCAAUUAUGCAUGUCGAUCUGUCAUUUCACCUGAUCCUUAUUUAGCUGUUAAUGAAAUCGGUGUUCCUCCUUAUUUUGCCUUAAGGUUGACAUACCCUGAGAGAGUGACUCCUUGGAAUGUUGUGAAACUAAGAGAUUCCAUUAUUAAUGGUUCUGAUAUUCAUCCUGGAGCUACUCAUUAUGCUGAUAAGGUGUCAACUGUGAGACUACCUCAAAGCAAAAAGAUGCGUAUUUCUAUAUCUAGAAAGUUACCUUCUUCUAGAGGCACAGCUAUACAAUCCAAAAACAGCAGUGACUAUGACUUCGAGGGUAAAAUCGUCUAUCGCCAUUUACAAGAUGGAGAUAUUGUCCUUGUGAAUCGUCAGCCUACACUUCACAAGCCCAGUAUUAUGGCACAUGUAGUUCGAGUAUUAAAAGGGGAGAAAACUCUUCGUAUGCAUUAUGCAAAUUGCAGUUCCUACAAUGCUGAUUUUGAUGGAGAUGAAAUGAAUGUUCAUUUACCACAAGAUGAAAUCUCACGUUCUGAAGCUUAUAACAUUGUGAAUGCAAACAAUCAAUAUAUAGUUCCAACAAGAGGAGAUACUGUUAGAGGCUUAAUCCAAGAUCAUAUUGUCAGUUCUGUUCUUCUCACAAUGAAAGACACAUUUUUAAACCGUGAACAGUUCAAUCAGCUUCUUUAUGCUUCUGGUGUGUUUAAUGGAGGUAAUUCAAGACAUGGUAAAACUUCAUUUACUGAUAAAGGCUGCUUUGUGAAGCCUGUUCUUCCAGCUGUCUGGAAGCCAAAGCCUCUUUGGACAGGAAAACAGGUGAUAACAGCGUUGUUGAAUCAUCUGACUAGAGGUUAUACACCUUGUAUUGUUGAUAACAAGGUGAAGAUCCCAGAACAGUAUUUUCAAGGAAAAGAGGAUAAAAAUAAAAAAAAUAAAAAACGAAAGAAAGAGGUUGUGGAAUUGAAAAAUGAAAUUGAUGAAACAAGAUUAUUGAUUUGGAAAAAUGAGCUUGUGAGUGGUGUGAUAGAUAAAGCUCAAUUUGGAAAGUAUGGUUUGGUUCAUACAGUACAAGAGUUAUAUGGACCAGACAUUGCAGGGCUUUUACUUGGAGCUUUUAGUCGAUUAUUCACUAAUUAUUUACAGUUCCAUGGAUUUACAUGUGGUUUAGAUGAUCUAAUGGUGUCACCAGAUUGUGACAAAGAAAUGAAGAUGGAACUUGAAGGUGAAGAUGUAGGUGAAAAAGUUCAUAGAAAAUUUGUCAACCUGGAAAAUCAAAAACUAGGGACACGAGAGUUGCAAUUGGAAACUGAGAAAAUAAUAAGAAGCAAUGGAGCAACAGCAUCUGCAAGUUUAGAUAACCUCAUGCAAACAGAGCUAAGAGAUAAAGGUUCAAUGAUCAGCAAAAAAUGGUUACCAAAAGGACUGAUGAAACCCUUUCCACAAAACUGCAUUUCUCUCAUGACCAUCAGUGGUGCCAAGGGUAGUUCGGUAAAUUUCCAACAAAUAUCAUUUUUACUUGGUCAACAAGAGUUGGAAGGAAAACGGGUGCCCAGAAUGGUUUCUGGGAAGACUUUACCCAGCUUUUCACCUUGGGAUUUCACCGCUCGGGCAGGCGGUUAUAUCAUUGACCGGUUUUUGACCGGGCUCCGCCCACAAGAAUACUAUUUUCACUGCAUGGCUGGGCGUGAAGGGUUGGUGGAUACUGCUGUUAAAACUUCUAGAAGUGGGUAUUUACAAAGGUGUCUUAUUAAGAAUCUUGAAAGCUUAAAGGUUUCAUAUGAUUACACAGUUCGUGAUGCUGAUGGAUCCAUUGUUCAGUUUUAUUAUGGUGAAGAUGGUGUCGAUGUGCAUCAAACUAGCUUUUUAAAUAAUGUUCAAGUUCUCAAAGCUAAUCGAGAAAUCGUUUGUCAAAAGCUAAACGAACCACUUGAAUUCAAUUCUUACAUUCAAGAAUUACCACAAGGGAUUCAAGAUAAAGUUAAAAGUUAUAAACAGAAGGGUAAAAAAGAGAAAGAUGAUUUAUUGAUGUUGGUAAGGCAAAAGUAUUUGUCUAGUCUUGCACAGCCUGGCGAACCCGUUGGUGUCAUUGCUGGUCAAUCUGUUGGUGAACCUUCCACUCAGAUGACAUUGAAUACUUUUCAUCUUGCCGGACGUGGUGAGAUGAAUGUGACACUUGGUAUUCCACGUUUACAGGAGAUAUUAAUGACAGCUGCUGCUAACAUCAAGACUCCUAUCAUAACAUGUCCAUUGCUUCAAGACAAAUCAAUGGAAGAUGCGGAGAGACUUGUGGAGAAAGUGAAGAAGCUUACUGUUGCAGAACUUAUGCAGAGUGUACAAGUUUCAAAGUUACCACUUGUGAUUCAUAAUAAUCGUCCGUGUAGGAUCUAUAAGCUUAUGGUGAAGCUGAAACAACCGAGACAUGUGUCGCUACAUAACUGUCAGGAAACACUUAGGAAUGUUUUUCUAAGGGCAUUGGAGGAUGCCAUUGAAAGACACGUGGUUUUGCUGUCUAGAAUUAAUGGAAUCAAAAGUGUUCGAAGUUCAAAAACGGAACGUUCAGGGGAAGAUGAUGAGGCUUCUGUUGAUGAUGGUGGUGAUCAUGAUGAUGGUGAGGAUGAUGACGACGAUGAUGAUGACAGAGAUGAAACAGCUGAUGAUCUUGGGUCUGAGUAUAAUAAAAGAAAACGACAAAAUACGGAUUCGGUUGAAUACGAAGAUGGUUCUGAAGAGGAAGAUGAAGAAGAGGAAGCAUCCUCGGAUCUUGAUGAAAAUGGAGGUGCUGACGUGGCGAAUGCUGAUAUGGCAACCGGAACUGACGACGAAACAGAAGAACAAGGACAAGAACAAGAAGAAGGUGAUGCGGAUAAAGCAAGCUCUAAAUCCAGUGAAGAAUUUGUGGAGAGAAAAUUCGAUAGGUCAAUAUUCGUUGAAGUCAAAGACUUGACUCUUGAAGUCCAUUUUAGAUUCACAAACGAACCAGAGAUUUUACUUGCAGAGGUUGCACAGAAGGCUGCAAAAAAGGUAUACAUCAAAGGAUCUGGAAAACUGGACCAGUGCCAGCCUGUCAAGUACAGUGUAAACGUGAAACAAGUCUGUUGGAAUCAGAAAAACAUGGAGACAGCAAAAGACAAAAUGUGUGCAUUGCAGGCUUCAGGAGUUGAGCUUCCUGCGUUUUGGGAUAUGGAAGAUGAGCUUGAUGUGGACCAUGUUUAUUCCAACAACAUACACACCAUGCUCAACACCUAUGGAGUUGAAGCUGCAAGAACAGGGAUUAUUUUGGAGAUGAAGAAUGUGUUUGGGAGUUAUGGUGUGGAGAUUGAUUACAGGCAUUUAAGUCUCAUUGCUGAUCACAUGACUCAUUCCGGAGGCUAUCGCCCAAUGAGUAGAUUCGGGAGCAUAUCGGAAUCCGUGUCUCCCUUCUUGAAGAUGUCCUUUGAGACUGCUAGUAAGUUUAUUGUUGAGGCGGCUUCUCAUGGGAUGAUGGAUAAUUUGGAGACACCAACCGCUAGGAUUUGUCUUGGUUUGCCUGUUAAAGUUGGUACUGGCUCCAUGGAGUUGAUGCAGAAACUUGAUAUAUAAAUUUGGUUUUCGUAAGGGUAUUUUUGGUAGUUACCCCCAUCACAUAUACCAGAACAAUUUUGAACUAGUCCCCAUUGUGUUUUUCAAAUUUGUUGUCACAUGAUUUUGGGAUUACCUUUAAUGUUGUAAUUGUUUGAAAUUAUAUUAUUAAUACAAGUGUUUGCUAAAUUCAAACUGUAAUGAAAUAACAAACAUAUUAAAAAC